AUGACAUCCACACCAUCAGAAACACUCGAAGAGCUCUGCGCUCGCGUCCAGACCAUUCUCCCAGAACAAUUCCGAAAAGAUGCAUGGUAUCUCAUCGUCACAGCAGCCCUGGUCGGCUGCAACAAAUCCACCGAAACAGGCACGCUCUACACAAACCUCGUAGAAACCGUCUCUGAAACAGAAGAAAAACGCAUCAAAGCACGCCUGAGCGAUGUACUAAUGAAAGAAUGGACUCUCGUCGGCGUCACCCCCAUCGUCUACGCAGUAACUGCACUAGGUAAAGCCGAAACCGCUUUCUACGAAAAGCGAGGUCUCAAGCUUGAGGAAGCUCCUCCUUCAGAGGAUGGGUUACUCGAUUUUCCCGACAAGCGGAAAGACAUCGAUUUCAAUACGCACAUUCCUGACAGAGGCACCAAGUUCUUGCAACAGCUAUAUCGGCAGAAUCUAGCCCCGAUUUGUGCCUCGUGGGGCUCAUUUGCAGCCGAUUUCAUGUGGAUGGAGAGAAGUGUGAUUUAUGGGUUGUUUUUGUCGGAUCAUGAGAUUCUAUCGGCUGUCGAGGCGGAGUUGGUGAUUUUGACGGGGAUUAUGAUUCAGGGGCUUAGUGCGCCGACGAUCUGGCAUCUGAGGGGAUUGAGGAGGUUGGGGGUUAGUGAGGAGGAUACGGAGAAGGUGCAGCUGGCUAUUGAGGCGGUUGCAGGCUGGUCAGGGAGGAGUAUAGAAGGGUGGCCUAGGGUUAAGGAUAUAGGUGAUAUUUGA